AUACUAGGCUGCAAAACAGACAGGUACAAUUUUAGUUUUAUUUUCGUCUCACUGUACUGUACUUAAACACGUUGGAUCAUGAAUAACUUUGUAGUUAGGACUUGCAACUGUAGUAUACAGUAUUUCUGGAGUGAGAAAUUCAGUCUUUCUGAUUCAAUAAGGUUGAUAUAGACUUAUAGUUACAUUGAAGUGAUGGUCUAAUUCGCCUUAAAAUUGGCUGCAGUAAUUAUUGGGGAUACUGAUAUUAAUCCGAACUAGUUCUUUCAAAAUGUGAAAGUCGUGUAUGUUGAAGUUUUGUAUUUAACUAAGGUGUUAGAUAUUUGUUGCUCAUUGGAUAUUUAGAAAAUGCUUCUGAAAUAAGUAAUAAGGUUACAAUCUCUCCUUGUUUCGUCUCACCAUUUGAUGCAAACAAUUUAUAUACACAUAUACUGAGUGAUAUUUGGGUAUCCUGUAUGCUGUUGCCUAACUGACAGCUGGUUAAAAAGAAUGUUUCUGUAGUUUCUCUCAUCCCAAAAUGUUGGUUGAAUAGCGGUUAGACUAAAAACUGCUGCCACCCUAAGGUAAGCAAUGAACAUUAUUGGGAGUCUGAAGUCAAAGCUGUACUGCUUGCAAAUAGGAAUGUUGCAGCUGUGACGGAUUAUUUUCAUCAAUCCAGUGUGAAGCAGUUGUCUCUCUGGCUCUGUGGCCAAUCAAAACAACUGCUUUUUAUGUCAGGUACUCCAAGAAGAAAUCGCUUUGGAUAUAACACCUACCCAUAUUUUUCCAUUAGAGCACACAAUGCUUUAGUUCAUCGCCCGCUUUUUUCUUGCUUACUUCCGAAUAGUAGUAGUCUUCAUGCAAUAUCUCAAUCUAUUGUUAACUUCUUUAUUAUUUUCAGCUACUUAUACUAGAGAAACAGCAUCCCUGUUCACAAUAUCAACUUCGAAAUGAACCUUUAAAUUCCCAAACUUAAGGUGAAGAAAACACCAAGUUUUACUGAACAAAAUUGAAAUCUUGGGUUUCGAAUGUUUGCUUUACUUAUAGGACAUAUAUAACAGAUCAAAAUGUGCUUAUUAACAUCGCAUUCGCCCAUCCAGUGAUGAAUAUACAAGAUUCGUCCUUCAUGCGUCAGUAGCUUUUUUGGCUAAUUCUCAUGGUGUGGUGACAGCACAUAGCUGAAGAGUAGAAAACUUAGUGCCUGACUGUCCUAGUAAACAGCUAUUUGUGUAAUAUCCGGCUGAUCUGUUCCGUAAUAAUGACAGUGAAUGUCGUCUGUUCCUUUUAUCAAUCUCCGCUUAUACACCAUUGGUUGUAGUCCAAACGAAUUGAAGGAUGAGUUUUAUCAUAAGUUGUCCAUUUUGAAGCAUAAAGCCAAACACUGAAGUAUAACCGUGUUAAUAGGUGGUUUGAAUGCCAAGGUAGGGAAAGCAUUGAGAGAAGCAUAUUUAGGUAUCUGUAGCAUUCUAAACCGACGAGUGGGUUAAGGUGAUUUUCUUACAGUUUUAUUGAGAGAACUAUAUACUCCUGGACAGCACUAACUCUAAACAUAGGGAUAAACAUAUUCAAGUCAAAAUCAAGACAACGAUCGGCACAAACAUGCACUUUUGUAAUACGUUAUCUAUGAACGAGACUGGUAGAAGACUGUUACGCUUCCUAAGAUAUCUGCAUGGGUGAUGAUCAUGUGUUAGCCUGUGCACGUGUAUUCAUGCGUUGUGGCAAGCCUGCACGUGUUGAAUUUUACGACAAAAAUGUGACUUCUGUAUUUAAGGAAGAAUUAACUACACACAUUAAUUUGUGCAAUAUUCAUUGGGAAGCUUGGCAAUAUAUUCAGUUUUCUGUAGGAAUGGUAGUGAAGAUAGUGGAUAACUCUCCGUAAAAAAUUAGGAAAUGCCAACACCUUCAUGUAACCGUAUCCCAACUAAAACUGGUCGGUUCAGAACAGCACAUUGAGCGAAAGAUGCUCAAAUGCAGGUUGAUUGAAGAUCGUUGCGAUUACCUCAAAGGGUUGGAUAAAAAACCCCAAGAAACGGGAAAGGUAUCAACAAUGUAUGACCCUGAUCAACUAUGUAGACUUAUUAAAUAAACGUGUCAAGAAAAAGCCAUGGUAAAUGAGUCUUUUAGAACGAUGGAAAUUUAAUAACUUCGGAAAAUAAAGCAGAAGCUAGGGACAGACACCGUGUGUAAGCUGAAGUUCUCUGCAUCAACAACUGUAUUUUGAAGUUCCCAAACUUUUAUGUUUCUGAAUUUUUUGUACGUGUGCAAUGCUUUGUGUAGUUGUAAUUCCUUGCUUAUCGAUCACUGACUUUUGACUUUUUGGCCUUCACAACUGGAUAUCACCACACCGGGUGUGAUCCAGAUAGUUGAUCAAGUGUUUUAUUGUGUUCACAUGACAAAAAACCGUGGUUAAGAUUUGUAAACUAUUAUUUUAUUUUUAUGUAGGCUGUUCGUAGUAAUUUGAGUCAGUUUCUUUCUGACAUGGCCAUACCUGAAGAGCUUAUUCGUCAUAUUCUGCUCACUCCUGUCACAGAACAAGAAUUUCUUGAAAAUCUUCAUGAAUUAAAUCACAAAAUGAAUUUCGCCGUAGAACAAUCCACUGUAGAUUAUAAGUCAUUCAGUGAUGUUAGUGUUCUUUUAAAAAAGCUAAAAAUUAAGGCUGUGACGAAAAUUCGAGAGUUUUUGUUAGGAAAAAUAUAUGCCUUACGAAAACCACUUACAAAUUACCAAGUCCCUCAAAAUCAGAUGUUAAAAUUUCGAUUUUAUAAUUCAUUCCUUAUGGCUCAUGAUCGAGAAGUAGCAAAGGAGGUUAAGGUGGAAUACAUUAAUACAAUGAGUAAAGUUUACUACUCCUAUUUUAAAGCUUAUGGUGGCAAAUUAACAAGAUUACAACUUGAUACGACCUAUGAGAAAGAUGAUUUAUUAGGAAAAAAUCCAGAUAAAUAUAAUUCAACAUCAACUGCGUCUAGUUUAAUGUUCAAUUCAAUUUCUAAUGUUGCUAAUAAUACUGCUAUUUCAACGUCAACAAAUUCAGGGACGCGUGUUGGACUUUUUGGAUUAGGUGACCGUGCACUACGUGUAUUGAGUAAUUCAAAUUUAGAAAGUGCAAUAAUUUUACCACAUGUAGCCAGUAAUGCUGAAGCUAAAUAUCCUAUAGAGGUUUUAUUCCGUUCUAUUCAUUAUGCUCUUCUGGACACUGUAUGUCGAGAGUACUAUUUCCUGUCAGAUUUCUUCCUUCUCAGUGCAGAAUCUGAUCUAUCUGAUCAGACUACACCAAGCGAAAAUCGGAAACAAAAUGGUGUCGCCUUGGCUAAUUUAUUUGACCAAGUUAUGUCUCGUAGUUUAAAUUGGAUACAAAAAUAUACUGAGACUUUUGUAAUUUCUUCAUGUUCUCAUGAUGCAAUCGGUUUACUGAUCUGCCUUCAGUUAUUGCAUGCUAUGUUGCGUUUAGCCAAAGAAAGGGGUGUACCCGUAUUGGAUAACUUUUGGAGUAAAAUGACGGAAACAUUAUGGGUGCGUGUUACUGACAGACUUGAUGUGCAUAUAUCUUCAAUGUUACAGUAUUUGGAUGUUAAUAGUUUUAGUACAGAUGCACGUGAUAUGGUAAAAGCCAAUGUGUCUACUCCGGCGAAUCCUAAUACAACUGGGGGCAGUGCUGCUGGUUUGCAUCCGAAAAUGUAUGCUCUUAUUCGUCCCCAUUGGAUAGCUAGACGUUAUGCUGAAUUGGCAGCUAGUCUUCAUUCCAUUGGACAUGGGUUCCCCGGUACUCCACUUUUUGAUGACUCUUUCAGUAAAUCGAAAAGUUCAGACAAUUCUAAGUUACAAUACUCUUUACACUCUGUUUCAUCAUCAUUAUCAUCAUCACAAAAUCACUCAAAUCAUUCCAGUGUAAAGCCUGGUCUUGAUCCUCGUAUUCUUAGUCGUUUGGCUCAGUUACAAACUCAGUUUGAACAUGUAUUAAAUUCUUUGGCUAAGACAUUCUCUCGGCCGAAAUUGGCACACAUCUUUUUGAUCAAUAAUUAUGACUUAGUCAUAAGUGUACUAACUGAACACGGAGCUGGUGAUUCUCUAGAAGUUGUUCGAUGCCAAGAGUCUGUAGGAAAGUAUACAACAGCAUAUAUUGAUGAGGCUUUAUCACCAUAUUUCGGAUGUCUAAUAUCUUUCGUUCGUGAUGUAGAGAUUAGAUUAGCCAGUGGAAAGCAUUUGCCAACAGAUCAAACUGAAGCAUCACAUACUAUUCGUAGUGAGGAAGCCCGUGUGACACGAAUUGUAAAAGGAUUUAAUAUCGAUUGGAAGAAUUCAAUUGAGAAAAUACACGAUGAAGUUAUGAUGGAAUUCGCUAAUUUCACUCUAGGCACACAGAUAUUUCAAGCGUUACUUGCCCAAUUGAUUCAACAUUAUCAUCGUUUUCAAAAGGUGAUGACACAAAGCCCAUACAAAAAUAUGCCUAUACGUAAUCAACUGGUAAAUAUACAUCAAAUAACCAAUGAAAUGAAAAAGUGUAAAACAAAUUUUUCUUGAAAGCUGUGAUUUUCUUGUCACCAUUGUUUGUUUAAAUUGAUUCCAUUUUCUCAUCUACUUUAUUUAUUGUAUUCCUGUUCAAUAUGUUCAAGUAGUCUGUUAUCUUUUUAAGUGUUAUUAUAUGAAUUGACCUCAUCUCUUUUCCUCUCUCUGCUCAUGUGAGACACCCUAUUUUUUCCUGAUAAAUUUUUAUAUUUUGGAUGUUGUGGUGUGUUUUGUUUCCUUUUUUAUCAAUAUAUUUUUAAUAUCUUGUUUAUUUUGAAUUGAAAUUUAUGUGUAUUGUGUAUUUAUGUGUAUCUACCUUGAAUACUCUUUCAAGCCUUAUUUUCUGGCUGACUAUUGCCACUGUGAUAAUCUUGUUCAAGAAAAAAUAAUAUUAACUGAGGUGUUUUCUGUUUUGUAAUCUGUAUGUGCAUAUAACAUGUGGUCAGUACUGUUUUGGUUAAGUGGUCUUUUUGC